AUGAAGAUCCGCAGUUUCCUCACCGAAGGCAUCACGUUCCUCCUUGUUGCUCUUGUGUCGCUCAUGUUGAUACCCAAGGGAGCGAUGCUGGUAACCGGCGUUGAGUCGCCGGCGAUGGUGGUUAUAUCGGGGAGCAUGGAGCCGGCGCUUAAGAAGGGAGAUAUGCUGUUUGUGCACAACAUGAGCAACGAACCAAUCCGAGAAGGAGAGAUCGUUAUUUUCAGAGUUCCCGGCGGUGAACAUCCAAUCGUCCAUCGUGUGAUCAAGGUUCGUCAGCUCCGUGACACUGGAGAAAUUCAGAUCCUCACAAAAGGGGACAAUAAUUCAGUGGACGACCGAUUCCUCUACGCGGAGGGGCAGCUGUGGCUUCAGCCGCAGGACAUUAUCGGACGGGUCGCAGGGCAUCUGCCGUAUGUUGGAUGGCCUAAUGUCUUCAUCGUCGAAACCUUUAAGCUCUCAUGCAAAGUUUCCGUUUUUCUGCUUAUUUAG